UGCCUUUCACCAACCCUCUUUCUCCUCCUCCUCUUUUCACACCUCUCUCUCUCUCUCUCUCUCUCUCCCCUUUCUUGGUGCCAUUUGGGUCUCUGUAUAAUUACUCUGGUUCCACUCUCUGACAAGUCCUGUUCUGCUCAAACAUCUGAAGCAAGACAACAAAAAGGGGGCAAAAAAUCAGAAUCUUGUCUUGUUCCUCCUGUCUGGAUUCAUGGGUUCUUGUCUCAGUUGUCUGAUCGAAGCCCAAAGCCCUCCCCGUGAUGCCAAUUCGAGCGAGAAAAGCAGCGAUCUUUACGGGCUAAGCCUUUCGAGCCGGAAAUCGCCGAUUACGACGGCGUCUCACAAAACGGAGGGAGAGAUUCUGCAGUCCGCGAGUGUCAAAAGCUUCAGCUUCAACGAACUGAAACUCGCCACCAGAAACUUCAGACCGGACAGUGUGAUCGGCGAAGGAGGCUUCGGUUCUGUCUUCAAAGGCUGGAUCGAUGAAAGCACCCUGACUCCGACUAAACCGGGCACCGGUUUGGUCAUCGCGGUUAAGCGGCUUAACCAGGAGGGUUUUCAGGGUCAUCGUGAAUGGCUGGCAGAGAUCAACUACUUGGGUCAGUUGAAUCACCCGAAUCUUGUUAAACUGAUAGGUUAUUGCCUCGAGGACGAGCACCGGCUUCUCAUCUACGAGUUUAUGCCAAAGGGUAGUCUUGAGAAUCAUCUUUUCAGAAGAGGAUCAUACUAUCAACCGCUCUCGUGGAGUUUACGGGUCAAGGUGGCGGUAGAUGCCGCAAAGGGGCUUGCUUUCCUUCACAGCGAUCCGGUGAAAGUGAUAUACCGAGACUUCAAGGCUUCUAACAUCUUACUAGAUUCGGACCAUAACGCCAAACUCUCCGACUUCGGGUUGGCCAGAGAUGGUCCGAUGGGCAGUCGGAGUUACGUUAGUACGAGGGUCAUGGGAACAUACGGUUACGCCGCUCCAGAGUAUAUGUCCACUGGACAUUUGAACUCCAGAAGCGAUGUGUACAGUUUCGGGGUCGUCCUAUUAGAAAUAUUGUCGGGCAGGCGAGCGCUGGACCACAAUAGACCGGCCAAGGAAGAAAACCUCGUGGAAUGGGCUCGGCCUUACCUCACGAGCAAACGAAAGGUCCUCCAGAUCGUGGAUGCUCGGUUGGACGGACAGUACCUACCCGAAGAAGCGGUACGAGUGGCCAGCAUUGCCGUACAGUGUAUCUCCUUCGAACCCAAGUCUCGUCCAACAAUGGACCAGGUGGUAAGAGCCUUGCAAAGAGUGCAGGACAACUUGGGAAAACCGAUGGAAACCGAACCGGUUAAGGAUACUAAGAGAUUCGGAUUGAAAACCGGAGUCAGAUUCCAGAGAAAUGGAUGUUCAAACAAAACACCCUUUGGUCUUUAGGCAGAGAACAUGUGGAUUUGUACUGAUUUUUGGUGUGUUGUAAUGUUGAGAGUAUAUAUAUGAGGUUAUUCUUUUUUGGUUAGAGAUUAUGCUAAUUUUAUAUGUAACCCACGAAUUUUCCAUGUAUUGUAUUAUACCGAUUAUAUAA